ACAGCUCGGCUUUUGGCAGCUGGGGGACACAAUCCCAGCCUUGGGGCAUCAGAGGCCAGGGGGCAAAAAGGAAGGAGAUGGGGGCCAAGCCGUCAAGUGCUCGCUGCAAGGACAAGGGCCCCAGGAGGAUGGUGUUCCCACGCGGGAGGCAGCAGUUCUCCCCGUGGGACGACACCCUCCUCUCGGGGAAGGACCCCCGGUCUCUGCUGAAGCGGGGCAUGCGCCACGUCAGCUUCAGCCUGGUCACCAAGGGAAUGACAGACAUCCCUGACUUUCUGUGGGGCUUGUCUGAGGUGCAGAAACUCAAUCUGUCUCACAACCAGCUCAGGGCUCUCCCGCCCGAGGUGGGGAAGCUGAGUCGCCUGGUGGUCCUGAACUUAUGCGGGAACCGCCUGCGGAGCCUGCCUCGAGAAAUCGGCCUCCUCAAGAGCCUGAAGGUCCUGUUCGUGAACAUGAACUGCCUGACCGAGCUGCCGGCCGAGCUGAGCGCCUGCAGGAGCCUGGAGGUCCUGAGCCUGUCGCACAACUGCCUCUCCCAGCUCCCCGCCAGCUUCGCCGACCUCUCCAGGCUGAGGAAGCUGAACCUCAGCAACAACUAUUUUGCUCACAUCCCCCUCUGCGUGUUUGCGCUGAAGGAGCUGGAUUUCCUGCACGUGGGCUCCAAUCGCCUGGAAAACAUCGCCGAGAGCAUCCAGUGCCUGGUGGGCCUGCAGAUCUUCAUCGCGGAGAGCAACAACAUCCACGCCUUCCCGCGCUCGCUCUGCCUGCUCACCAGCCUGGAGCUGCUGAACCUGAACAACAAUGACAUCCAGACCCUCCCGGACGAGCUCUACCUGCUGUGGAGGCUGGGGCGGAUUGCCUGGAAUCCCAUGGACAAAGGGCUCCACAUCUCGCACAACCCGCUAUCCAAGCCUCUGCCGGAGCUGGUGGAGGGGGGCCUGGAGAUGCUCUUCAGUUACCUGAAGGACAAAAAGCACAGCUGACUGGGCCCCGGGGGCCCAGCCGGCCGUCAGCGCGCGGACACCUGUCAGCUGGGUACUUCUCCGGGCUCAGCUUUCUCCUCUUACUGCUCACGUUGGUCGAAAGGCAUUGCACGGCCGUUCUACGGAGGUGUGUGCUUUGCCCUGUGCAUGUGCCUAAGGAGCCCCGUGAUGGCGUGUUCAUCCCAUCCUGAACCUAAGUGGAAACAGGCCUUUGGUUUUCUCCAAGGAGAAACCACUCUGAUUCUCCCGAGGAGCAGUGGCACUCAGUCCUUGGAAUAGUAGACGGCAGGUCUGAUUCAACGGAAUUCAGAAGUCAGAUAUUUGCUAAGUAUGUGCUGUGGGCCAAGUGUGGCAUGAGACGUUGACACCAUUUGGUUUCAACCCUUGAACUGGCGUCCUGCAGCCAGGGAACAGCAGCAAGGCACACUCGUGCGUCAACCUUGAUCAAGCGUUACGGGGGACCAAAGAGGCAGCUGGAGCCCCGCUCUCCUGGCAAUGACGGGGUCGGGCACAGCUUUCCCCGCGCCUUCUAGGGGGAAACAGCAUAAGAAAUGUGUCUCUAAAAUGACUGUAGAGUAACAAUCAAGCUGCUCAUGUUCACGUCUGCUGGUGAGUGACAGGAAUAGCGCGAUGGCUUUCAGA